CUGUAGUAGUGCUUGUAUGUUACGAUUGGCUCUGCAUGUAUUUUCUGAGCGGGCAAUCUUCGAACGAAUUUAUAACGAGGCUCACCUCUAAACAGUAAUUAGGUGCUAGAAUAAGUGAUAUAAUAUAAUUAAGAAAUGAUCAUGCACUUUGAUCGAGUUUAGGCAGUUGCUAUUGUCCGAUAAUAGACAGCUUAAUAUAUUGCUGCGAAAGAAAUUAUCGUCAAUGGUCAUAUAAGAUGCACCCAUGAAGGCUUCCAAUUUAAAGCGCGAUAUGGAAAAGGACGAGAGAGGAAAAUCCAAUUUAAAUGAAAAAACCUGAAAUAACAAACAGAUGAUUCAGUUACUGAUGUUAGAAGCUGAAUGGAGGCAAAUGCUUAAUUUGUAUUAACGCAAGAUGCUUACGCGUUAUUAAGCAAAUUUAUAUGGAUCGUGACUACGUUUUGUGUGGCAAUCAGACGGAGUUUUUUUUAGCCAGAUCAUCAUACAAUUAUAUGCAGUAGUGGCUAGAACUUAUUAAAUUAGGCUGUGUCUUAUUUUUGUCUUGCUACCCGUUCUUUACGUUUAAUAGUGAAUCAUGCUACACAUGAUAAUAAUAGCAGUAACAACAAUAUGCAGGUGAUAAGUAAACUUCGUGAAAUUUAUUUGUUAAUUCAUUUGAAAUUGUACUCAAUUGCUUAUAGGGAGAUGGCAGACUUCUAAAAAUUUUUUUAAUUUGCGCAUGUUGUUUGUAUACAAUGGCUUCCGCGCAGCUCGGAACCUGGACCAUCAUCGUAUUACUAAGUUUAGCAGAUAAACACGUUAUCCACUGCGCUAUUGCGGGGAUUGGUUAGGAGGAUGAGGCCCCCAGAAUCGAACAAAAAUUUAUAGUAGUAGUUAGAGUAUAGCCUAUUUACCCUUUAAAUAAAUUUAAUAAGUUUCUGACUUCGUUUUUCUAAAAAAAACUUGUUAAUGAAAGGGUAUUCUCAAAAACGUAUUUAAUAUUAUAGUUAUAUAUAUAUAUAUAUAUAUAUACUUAACCGAAUUUAGCCCUCUAGCUUGCCUUUUAGUUUCUUUCAAAAUCAAUUUAAUUAAGGUCAAAUGAAGGUCAACUAUAGGCGUGCUUUCCGCAGGAGAGACCUAUUCUUGUCACAUAAAAGAAUGUCUUCGGAACGAAUAAAUGAAAUGUCAGGGUCACUGGCGAAAGGCUUCUCUGAUAUAGGACUUCCGGCCACACACAUAGCCGAUAUCGGCUAUACAACUGACGUCGACAAGGGCCGGUCCACAGGGAUGUCACAGACUAUGGAGUAUCGAGGUCAGAACUUUAACUUCCAGUUUGCCUCCGGUGUAGGUCAAACAGGAACAGUUGUUCAGGACGUGAGUAGCGUGGUUCAGGAACCCGGGCUAUUCGAGCAAAGCGGACAGUUUGAGGGUCAACUGUUCCCAAGCCAUGCCGAUGAUAAAAAUGGCGAGUUUCAGUUUACGACCCAACAGUUUGUGCCAGAAUUUACACCUGGUCAAGGGCUGGAAUUUAUUGAGAGGAGUUCAGGAGGCGUCAAACGUGCCCAUCUAAAGGCAGUGGAUAGUGGACAGCAUCAAACAAGCAACGUCAUUAUCUAUAUGCCAAGCGACGUUCAAAUCUGUGGUCAAAGCUAUACGUCAGCAGCCGUAAAUGGGGACACCUUCGCACGACAAGGGUUUUGCAGGGAUACCACGCAGAUUGUAAACUUGGUAGGCAAUCUUACUGAUAUUAAGUCUACCGCGAUAUGUGAAAUUUCUAAUCAAAGAACUAGCCCUGAGAAAAUAAAGGACGCGUCAGGGACCCUAAGCGAACAUGAGACGGUUAAAGUGGGAACCGCUACUAUGGAAGAAGUGUCAACGAUGUCUACAGAGGACUUCUUGCGGGAGAAUACGACACCAGAAGCGCAAGAGACAGCCAAAGAUGAGUUAAAAUUUUUGAAAGCACCACCAAAUUUACGAUCUCUUACAUCGUUCCCACGUCUCAACCCUGUUCUUAGGCAAAGGCUCAAAAAGGAUGCGAAUUCACGUCAUGAAAAGACUCUGACGUCUGCGCUCUCAACACUUUUCUUUGAUGAGCGUUCGUCGUUGUAUCAACAAGAACUCGUUGAGUUACUGAAGCCCUUGGUGAGGAUGCUAGAGCUCCUCGAGGCCUCCCCAAUUGACGCAGAAUCAAUGCGACGAAUGCUUGGUUCUGUGGUGGCGUUGGUGGCCUCACUUCAGGAAAUCAUUGUUGCAGAUAGGCGGAAAAGUGUCAUGAUCCAUUACGGGGUCGAGGACAGUUUACAGUGCAAGGAAGAGCAAGAUAUCGAGCUAUUUGGUAAAGACUUUCUCCUGGGAAACGGAUUUACCCAGCGAAAGUGUACGACAAAGGAUGCAAAGAAAGACUCAAAGCGAAAAUCACCUAUUCCCCAGGAUUCACCAUUGCAAGCGGCAGUUUCUCCUGUAAAACGAAAAUAUAAAGAAAACGCUGUGAUGAAAAAAAGUAACGUUCAGUCAGAUAGCGAUAUUGCAGACGGAGAUGAAAUAGCACAGAUUAUCAUUUUGGACGAUUUGGCUGAUGAUGAAAGUCAUCAGGGCACAGAAAAGCCAACUGCCAAACUGGGAUUGCCGCAAGUUCCAGGAACAGAAAUGCAGUCAACGCUUUCAGUUCCAACUAAUGUCUCCGAAGUAGCCGAAAGCGACUUUUCACAACAGUGCGAACAGCAGCAGCAAAGUGUCAUUAUUUCAAAGGGGCAGCCUCGAGCUGGGCGUCAAAAAUUUUCCCGGCUUGGUCAACGACAAAAAGAUAAACGAGUUGGCUGGCCAAAAAAGAACAAAGCUAUCACAACAGGCAGCAAUAAGCAGCAGACGUUCGUUCCUGGGAUAAUAACCCCCGUAGCAUCUGUAAUUACCGCUGCAGAGUCGAUGGGAGGUGAUGGAGCUGUGGAGCUUGGGCAGGUAUCGUCUAAGUCGUGUAAUCCAAGCGAAGUUAUUGCGAUGACUGUGACUUCUUUACCAGCAUCAACAGCGGAGUCCGUUCUCCGCAAUGAACAAGAAGAUCAAAAGGCUACUGCAGAAGCCUUGAAUAUCAAUGCCACGAAACAGUUUGAUGCGACUGUCUCAUUAGCUGACCCGACGGCACCUGCAAUUCAAGUCUAUCGAUCAUCAGUCCGAAGCGGCGCCGGUGGCAAGCGUAGAGCUUUAGAGAGUGCCGCAGCGAAAUGUUCAUUCUGCGCGGAGUCAUUCUCGAAGCGCCUCCAGUUAGCCCAGCAUUUGAAGCAGACGCAUUCGGAUCAACUGCCCGAGUGUGAAAUUUGCAAUCGACGUUUCGCAUUUGAGGCAACCCUGCGUCAACAUCGCGAGGAAAAACAUCCUGGUAACGGCCCAACUCAACGACACGACUGCGAACACUGUGCGAAGAGCUUUCCAGAUAAAGAUCGACUUCAGGCUCACCUCUUCAUCCACACACGAACAAAACAAUUUGAGUGCCAUAUCUGUUCGCGACGCUGCCUGACCAAGGCUCAUCUUGAUCAGCAUAUGGCCGCCCAUGACCGGGGCGAAGAACGAUUUUAUUGUGAGCGAUGCGAUAAACCGUUCGCCAAGAAGACCAACUAUAAGCACCAUUUGCGACUUCAUUCUGGCGAGAAGAAUUUUGAAUGCGAACUUUGCCAUAAGCGUUUCGCAACGCGUCAAUAUUUACAUAUUCACCUGCGCUCGCAUUCAGCUGAAAAACCUUUCACCUGCGAUAUUUGCGGCCGAGGCUUCCAGUUCCAACAUGUUCUGGUUGACCAUGUUCGAACACACACGGGCGAAACACCGUUCGUCUGUGAGGUAUGUGGUAUAAGCUUCAAGGUGAAACGCACACUGAAGAGGCAUAUGAAAACCCACGGAGACGAAAGGCCAUACGCUUGCCAUAUCUGCCAGCGAAGAUUUAAGGUAAAGGCAACUUUGCGCGAGCACAUGAAGACUCACAGUAACGAGAAGCCCUACCAGUGCCAUGAGUGUGGGUUAGCUUACAAACGGAACGUGGAAUUGCGGAAACAUGCCUGCCCCGCCAGACAACAACAACAGCAACAGCAGCAGCAACAGCAGCAGCAGCAGCAGCAACAGCAGCAGCAGCAGGCCCUAACUGUAGCAUCAACUUCAGCGCCGUCUAGUGUAGUAACCCGCUUACCGACAAUUAUUCAGCUGGCAGUACCGGGUCAGUCGUCGGCCUUGGCUGGAACCGUGACUUCAGCCGGCAUUCCAACAGAAUCCGUAGUCGCCACAUCGAGCUUAGAAGAUGCGGGUCUCUUGGUAGCCGGAAACUCUAAUGAUGGCCGGGUACAAGUACAAACUGAAGAGGUUGUUGAAGCUGGUGGAUCGACUAACGAUGGCCACCCAGCGACGGCCUCUGCAACGACCCUGCCAUCGUUACAGACCGUAAUUCCAGUGGGCACUGUUCAGCCGGGUUCGGAUGGGACGACGGCUACAAUUAUACUACAGCCAAUGAGCGCUGUUGGAGCUACGGCGGCCGCUGGGGCAAAUUUUGCUGGAAUUCACUUCAUCAACCUCUAGUGGGCAUAUCAACCGAUAUAGAUCAAUGAAAACAAAUUCUGAUAGUGUGACAUUAUGAUAUCCUUGUAUAACAUACUUUUUUUUUUUUUUUUUCAUAAAAUCAUGUGAACUCUAUGAGCCAAUUGUCAAUGACACACACUGAUAGAGCGCGACUCUGAAUUAAUAAUGCCGUUAACGUGUAGCUGUACUGCUUUUCAUUUAAAUAAAAUGUGGCCAAACGCUUAAAUUUCAAGUGAACAGAAAUAGGAAGCGACGAUUGAAGCAUAACCUAACAGAGGGCGGUGCUCUUGGUUCUACUUCACGGCCUUUUUUAUAUUUUUUUUUUGUGGGUAAAGAAACCAUCUUAUCGGAUCAAAUAAGGAAUGAUUUCUAAUUAUUUAGGGGCAGCAUUGCACUUUUGAAUGAUGGGUGGCAAUGAUUUGGGGAAAUGCCGAGUAUUUUACCGACUGAAAAUUUGUAUUCAAUCAAAUGUACAUAUUUAUAGAAUAUAUAUUCGUGGUUUGGGUCACCACGGAUAGCUCAUACGGAUGUAUUUGGACCUCAGCUGACUCUUUUGUCAUUUAGAAAUAAUAUAUAAUAGGAAUAAUAAGUAAGAUUAGAAUUUUAAAAUAGAAGAUUAGAACGAUAACUGUUAAAAUGAGGACAGAAUUGCUACUAUUUGAUCAAAUACUAAAAAUAGGUAAGAAAAAAUUAUUUCGUUGUGCAGCUCGUCGAAGUUACUUUAUAUUGUAUUAUAUGCGGAACUCGAAACUUACGAUUGGAGCUUACCUCAGCAGUUAAUUUUUCAUCAUCGUGUGUAAUUGGCUUGAUUGUUGUUGAAAGUGCACGCUUUGUACUUCGACUGAGCCCUUAUGGCGGUAGAAGAACGAACUCUCGUCGUAACAAUACCGGAUAAUGACUAUAGUCGAUUUUUGUGAAUAAAUAUUGUUU